UUACCGAAUAGAAAGUCACCGUCCGCACCUUUUUGAUUUGUCACAUAAAAAAAGAUCACUUUCCUGAUUCAUCCAGCAAAACCUCUGCGAGAACUAAACUUUUAAUUCUUACUGCGUCGCAUGGAUGUUUACGCAUUGACAAGGAAACAGCGUCCUAGUCAGCUCACUAUGGGUCCCUCACAGGCAAACUCUAUCCCAAACAACGCCCAUCCCUUGUCACAACCAUUACAGCGGGAAUCCCAUCACCAGUCGACACCGUCUGCUAAUCAGUUGGACAUUGAAGCACAGCUAAUGGCGACUAGAGCUUUACGGCGAUCCAGCAUUUUGUCAACGCUAGCCAUUGGCCCGCCUUCACGAGAUCAUUGGAAGCCGGACUCUGAAGCAAGCCAGUGUGCAUACCCUGGUUGCAAGAAUCAAUUCGGGUUAUUUGAACGACGACAUCAUUGUAGAAAAUGUGGCGAUAUUUUCUGCGCUAUGCACUGUUCUAAUUAUUUUCGGUUGGAUCAGUCGAUUAAUUUCAACCCUCAUGGUGACCUAGUGCGAGGUUGUGACAUUUGCGCAAAGCAACAUCAAAGGUGGUGGUCCAUUAUCCGACGAGCCAGUUUAGCUGCCAAGCCAGAGGAGAGUAUCAACCCUCCUGCUGAACUUGCGCCUGCCGUCUCGGACCAUGAGCGAUCCUCAUCAAGGCGAGCCAAUAUUAUGACCAACUUGCCUCCCCAGGAUAUGGAGGGUAUAUCCGAACUAGGCAGAGACGACAUUGUGAAGCCGACACAGGAUUCGCCGGCGGCUGACAGGUCCAUUGACAUCAGACAACGCAUAACCGCCGACUGGCAAUGGUCUACAUUCUGAUUUAUCGUCUUCUUUUACACGCACUUUUUACAUUCUAUAUAUCCUCCAUUGUUCUUCUGCUAUUACUAUUGGCCUAUUGU